UUCUCUCAUGCAUGAGAGUCACGUGAAGUGAAGCGGCUGAUUCAAGAUGGCGUCCUUAACUCCAUACCACAUUCUUGUCUUUAUUCUAACGUUUAUGAGCUAUGCAUUUUUCCAUGCUACAAGAAAAGCUUUUAGUAAUUGCAAGGACAAUAUGCGAAAAGAAUGGACGCCUUUUAACAAAACAAACCCGAUUGAACCGGAAUCGACAUGGGAGGCAGUUCAAUUUUUUGAGACAAAGAAAAGUGCUGAAUACUUUCUUGGAGCGAUGGACACCACCUUUUUAUCAACAUAUGCUAUUGGGCUUUUUAUUAGUGGUGCCUUAGGUGACAGAUUUAACCUUCGCAAGGUCCUGGCAUUUGGAAUGUGCUCCUCUGCUAUCAUGGUGUUCAUGUUUGGGACAGUCAGCAAAUGGCUAAACAUACACAACAUCUGGUACUAUGGAGUUUUCAUGGCAUUAAAUGGUAUUUUACAGUCUACUGGCUGGCCAUCUACCGUGGCUGUGAUGGGCAACUGGUUUGGUAAAUCCAGCCGUGGCCUUGUGUUCGGCUUGUGGAGUGCAUGUGCUUCCGUGGGGAAUAUCUUUGGGGCUCUUGAGGUUGCUGCAGUGCUUGACUAUGGAUAUGAGUAUGCCAUGCUUGUCCCUUCUGCCAUGCUGUUUGCUGGGGGACUCGUUAUAUUUUUCUGCCUGAUUCCUUCACCUCAGGACAUUGGAUUACCAAUGCCCACCGAUGAGCUGAGUAGUGCUGAAGAACAGAGACCAGUAUUUAAUGAUACAGAUGAUCAGCAACCCUACCCCAACCAGGCACCAUAUGCUCUACCAGAUGCUUUAUUCCAGUCAUCAUCGGUUUUGCCCAAAGAAUCUAAGAAGGCUAUUGGAUUUUGCCAAGCUCUAUUUCUUCCGGGAGUCAUUCCAUAUUCUCUAUCAUAUGCCUGCCUGAAGCUUGUGAACUACUCCUUCUUCUUUUGGCUUCCAUACUACCUUUCAGUCAAGCUCAAUUGGAAGGACAGCAUAGCCGAUGACUUAUCCACAUUUUAUGAUAUUGGUGGAAUUAUUGGAGGUGCUAUUGCAGGUUUUAUAACUGAUCGCAUGCGUUCCCGCUCUCCUGUGGUUGUUGUGAUGCUCAUUUUGUCUGUCAUUUCUCUUUUUGUUUACAAGAGUAUUGGAGCAGAGUAUACCUUGAAUGUUGUUGUCAUGGCAAUUACAGGGUUCAUGAUAGGCGGGCCAGCAAAUCUUAUCAGUUCUGCGAUAUCUGCUGAUCUAGGGAGACAGCCCUGCCUUAAGGGUGAUGACGAAGCUCUCGCCACUGUCACUGGUAUAGUUGAUGGGACAGGGAGUGUCGGUGCCGCUAUUGGACAGAUCCUUAUUCCUGUCAUCACAAACACCAACAAAGAACGUGGCUGGGAAUACGUGUUUUACUUCCUCAUGGCAAUGGCGUUUAUGAGUUUCGUCUGUAUAGUUAUCGUACCUCUAUACAACCUAAUCAGGAAUCUUUGGUGUCCUCGUAAUGAAACAGCGCUGAUCCAGUCCGAGUUUGCUGCUAGGCGAGGAGAAGUGCCAUCCCCGACGAUAUGAUAGCUGAACACCCCGUACCAGUCUUGCAUAAUAGUGAGCUGUAGUUAGUCCCUUUGCGAUUCUAAUCAUCUGAUGCCAGGUGGCGGCGCAAGCUGAGGGUAUUCUGUUGACGUUUGAGGGGUAGUGGUGCAGUUGAGGAGGAAGGAAGUGCACGUUCCGAGACUGUACCUACUUCCUAUGGUCGUGUCUCAUUAAUCUCCUCUUUCGUCAUAAAUGCCACAGAUGUGAACACUGAUUUUCUGUGACCAGCGUUAGCACUUGAUAUAAUUCGUCACCCUUUGAAUGUUUGUGGCACGCUGCCUAGUAGUAUCGGCCAUGUUACUUUGUGUAUAUAAAGCACAGAGAAAAAUGGAGAUUUUUAUUUACUGGCAAAAAUCAGAUAUAUUUUGUGAGAAAAUUAAUUUAUUUUAUGGGGAUCUUUAAUUGUGCUUUGGGGGUGGGUUUGAAUUUCAAACUGUUUCUUUUAAUGGUUUGGUUGAUGUCUCAAUAAACGGAACUUUUGAACAGUC